AUGGCAGCGGAGGAGAGGCGCGUGGUUAAUUCGGCUGCUAAUGCCUACGGAGCCGUCGGACAGGCCACAGGGACAGGCCACAGGGACAGGUCACAGGGACAGGUCACAGGGACAGGCCACAGGGACAGGCCACAGGGACAGGUCACAGGGACAGGUCACAGGGACAGGCCACAGGGACAGGCCACAGGGACAGGCCACAGGGACAGGUCACAGGGACAGGUCACAGGGACAGGUCACAGGGACAGGCCACAGGGACAGGCCACAGGGACAGGCCACAGGGACAGGCCACAGGGACAGGCCACAGGGACAGGCCACAGGGACAGGCCACAGGGACAGGCCACAGGGACAGGUCACAGGGACAGGUCACAGGGACAGGUCACAGGGACAGGCCACAGGGACAGGUCACAGGGACAGGCCACAGGGACAGGUCACAGGGACAGGCCACAGGGACAGGCCACAGGGACAGGCACAGGGACAGGUCACAGGGACAGGCACAGGGACAGGCCACAGGGACAGGCCACAGGGACAGGCCACAGGGACAGGUCACAGGGACAGGCCACAGGGACAGGCCACAGGGACAGGUCACAGGGACAGGUCACAGGGACAGGCAGGGACACAGGGACAGGCCACAGGGACAGGCCACAGGGACAGGUCACAGGGACAGGUCACAGGGACAAGCCACAGGGACAGGCCACAGGGACAGGCCACAGGGACAGGUCACAGGGACAGGUCACAGGGACAGGCCACAGGGACAGGCCACAGGGACAGGCCACAGGGACAGGUCACAGGGACAGGUCACAGGGACAGGCCACAGGGACAGGCCACAGGGACAGGUCACAGGAACAGGCCACAGGGACAGGUCACAGGGACAGGUCACAGGGACAGGUCACAGGGACAGGCCACAGGGACAGGCCACAGGGACAGGACAAAUGUUAG